CACUGUUGCAGGCGAAAUCCGCACCGGCCAGAGAGCGGCGCGCGGGUCGCAAGCCGCACGUGCGGAUCCUCGGCGUCUCGCCGCAGGGUGCGGGUGUCCGCAGAGCCCGCGAGCUAGCGAGCGAGCGCCGGAGCAGGGAGGGUGGACUCGCGAACCGCCGAAAGGCCAACACCUCGGGGCAGCAGGGGCCGCGCGGCGGUGCGGGCGGCGGGACUGCAGUGCCACCGCUCCGGAGAAAGCCCACACGCUCACAGGCCCGCGCGCGCACGCACGUGCACACCGCGGGCAGCGAGAACACGAGCGAGAACCCUUGAGUGUUGGACGCGUUAUAGCCAUGGCUUCUGUCCUCAACAGCAAAAUUCACGCGUCCGGGACUUGCCAGGGCUCCAAAGCUGAUGCCCGCGGUGGCGCCGACUGGAGAAUGGACUGGGAUCCCGACAUGCACGUGAAAAUGUGCAAGAAGAUCGCCCAGCUCACCAAGGUGAUUUACGCCCUCAACACGCGCCAGGAUGAGGCGGAGGCCAGCAUGGAGGCGCUGCGCGAGGCCCACCAGGAGGAACUACAGAGUGCGGUGGCGGAGACCAAGGCCAGGCUCCUGCAGGAACAGGGCCGCGCGGAGGAGGAGGCCCUGCUUCAGCGCAUCGAGGCCCUGGAGAGCGCGCUGGAACUGCAGAAGAGGCUGACGCAGGAGGCGCUGGCGCAGUCGGCCACGUGCAGGCUGGAGACCAAAGAAAGGGAGCUGAGGGUAGAGGCUGAGCACGCCGAGCGGGUCCUCAGCCUCUCCAAGGAGAUGCUGGAGCUCAAGGCUGACUACGAGAAGAGGCUCAGGCACCUGACAAGCCAUGAGGCGCCCCAGUGGGGCCGACUUUCCCAGGAGGGCCCAGACCCCAAGGGAGAGCCAGGCUACGGCCACGAGAUGCGGGAGGUCCUGCUGGAGGUAGAGCGGCUGCGCGUGGAAAACCAGCAGCUGAGCAAGGACUAUGCCCGGAAGGCAGAGGAGCUGCAGGCCACCUACGAGCGGGACACCGAGGCCAUCCGACAGGCCAUGCAGCAGUCGGUGAGCGAGGCCCUGUGGCAGUGGCAGGAGAAAGAGACAGACCUCCGCAAGAACUUCCAGGUCCAGGAGUCGGCCCUGCAGGCCCAGGUCAGGAAGCUCGAAGGAGAUCUGGAGCACAGAGGUCGCAAGAUAAGUGACCUGAAGAAGUACGCCCAGAAGCUAAAGGAGAGGACACAGGACCUGGAUGUGCAGCUCAAGGAGGCUCGGCAGGAGAACUCAGAGCUGAAAACCACUGCAAAAAAACUUGGGGAGAAGCUGGCUGUUGCCAAAGACAGACUGAUGCUGCAGGAGUGUCACGUGACCCAGAAAAGCGGUGAGAGGCACUAUGACAUGAAGACGGAGCUAGUUUCAGAGAAGGAAGUCCUAGGAAAGGUGAAUGACCUGGAAGGCUGCAGUCUCCAUCCUCAGCAGGAACCAGACUUCCCCAAGGAGUGUCCGUGCACCAAAGGAGGCCCAGAGGCACAGACCAAGAAAGAGGCAAGUAUUGAGAUGGAAUAUAUGAAGCAACAAUAUGAAGAAGACCUUCGCAAAAUCAAACAUCAGACAGAAGAGGAGAAGAAACAUCUCAAAGACCAGCUAGUGAAGCGACUAGAAGACUUAGUGAAGAAGCACACACUAGAAAUCAAGUCCGUUCGCUCGUCGGUGGAGGCCGAGAGGAGGAAGCUGCAGAAGGAAGUAGAAGCACAGUUGGAGGAAGUGAAGAAGAAGUCAGAAAAUGAAAUCAAGCAGCUGGAAGAAGAGAAAGCAGCCCUAAAUGUGAAGCUCCAGAAUUCCCUGCUUGAGGUUUUGAGACUGGAAGAAUUUAUCCAACAGAAUAAGGUAUGUCCCGGAAAAGGCAAAGAAAGGUCCCAGGAACUGGAUUGCCAACAGCACAGCAUUUUAGAGACCCAGGAUCCAUGCUUGAAGCUGAAUAAACCUCAGAGCCUUCCCAAAGGAGAAGAGUAUCACGAUAAGUUAGCAGCUGAAGAAGGAACCAGCAGUGAUGAAGAAGAAAGGAUUGACGUGCCCCUUAAGGAGGGAAGUGACCUGCAACCUCCACUGCACUCUUUGCUGAAGGAGAAGGCACCAGAAAUCCAGCGUCUACAGGAGGAGUGGCAAAGCCAGAAGGCUAGAUUGCAGGCCCAGGUCUCCCAGAUGCAGCAGGCUCUGGAGCAGUGCGCCAGCACCUACAGGGAGGACCUGCAGGAGCUCAAGCAACUCUCCGACCACGAAAGGGAGAAGCUGCAGCACGAGCUCCAGGAGACCAUUCAGCAGAACCAGGCCGUGAAAGCCCAGCUCGAGGCCUCCCACCAGCGAGCCCUGCGCACGCUUGAGAAGGCCAAAAAUCAAGAACUCAAGGCCACAGAGGAGCGCUUGAAGAAGGAAUCCAGCCACAGCCUCCAGACCCAGCACCAGGCACACCGACUGGAGCUCCAGGCCUUGGAAGAAAAGGCCCAGCAGAAGCUCCAGGGGGAGCUGGAGAGGAUGCAGACUCAACAGGCUCUGCUGUUAGAGGCCCUCAAGCAGGAGCUGUCAGAGCAGCGGGCUGCCUGCUCCGAGCACCAGAAGGACCUGGAGGCGCUGCAGGCUGAGCUGAGGUCUCUGGGCGGCUUGGGCAGGCGGCAGGCGGUCGCCCAGUGUCCAGGGGACAGCGAGGACCACACCGUCCCUGCCGAGGACGGGGGCGGCCUGGGCCAGGCCCGCUCUCCGCAGGGCGCCGCCGAGCCUGGUCCGAGCGAGGCGUGCGCCCUCUGGGAGGAGAACUCGCAGCUCAAGGACGCGGUGCAGCGGCUGCGGGCCGAGGUGGAGCAGCACCAGCAGGAGGCGCUGCAGCUCCGCGACCAGCGCAGGCUGCUAGAGGAGGAUCAGCAAGUCCAGCGGGCCCGGGAGGUGGAGAAGCUACGCCAGGAACACCGGAAGGAGAUGCAGGCCAUGGUGGCAGAUUUCAGCAGCGCUCAAGCCCGGCUCCAGGCCCGGCUGGCUGCCCUGGAAACUGAACUAAAAGAUUCCGGAGAGAAGACAGGGAAGGGGGCGUCCAGGCCAGAGGACGUUCAGCUCAUAGGCCGUCUGCAGACCCGCCUGAAGGAGAGAGAGGAGAUCAUCAAGCAGCUCAUGGAGGAGAGAAGAUUUCACUAUGCAGCCUUCCCCAGUGCCAUGUCCCAUCGGAAUCGGUCCUUCUCUUUCAAUCCUCACCCAGGAUAUUUGACCCCUUCCAUGAAGAAAAAGAAGAUGGAGGAAGUGCCCAGCCGAGUGGUCAGUGUGCCAAACCUCGCCUCCUACGCAAAGAACUUUCUGAGUGGUGAUCUGAGCUCCAGGAUCAACGCUCCUCCAAUAACUAAAUCACCCAGCUUGGACCCAAGCCCUGGCUCUGGUCAGCCUUACAAACCUCCCCAGUCUCUAGAUGCGAAAACUGCCACAAGGACACAAGAUGGUGAAACAGCCCAACCCAAAGAAGUCCAGCAGAAACAGAGCUCUGCCCACCAGGAAUGGUUUACCAAGUAUUUUUCUUUCUGAACUGGUUCUUGGGAUCCAUCAGAAAGAGGACAUUUGAAAAACAUUUCUUUUAAAGCAUCUGAUUGAAGGAAUGAGCUAAACAACCAACCAACCAAAUAACUUGCUUGUGAUAUGGUUUAUAUAUAUUAGCCAAAAAAAAUUUUGGCCUUAACAUUUCAUACUAUUUCAUUGUGACACCAGUGCUUAAAAAAAAUUCUUGCCAUUAAGGUAACCUCCCCGCCCCAAUAUGUGUUAUCAAAAGGCACCCUAGAAAAAUAUUAAUGUUGCUGAUAACAUUCACAUUGUAUUUCUAGUACCCAGAAGGUUUCAUUCCACUUUAUGGAAUAUCAGGCUUUGUGAUUUCCAUGGUCUACUCUAAAAGUGGUUUCAUCUUUCCUUAGAAUGCUAGUUCUCUCCACUUAAAAAGUAUUUCUAUGUAAAUGACACAAUUCCAAAAUGCACAUUCAACCUCAGUAGGAAGAAGAAUAAAAGUUCAAGAUACUCGUGAAAGCCAAUUAAAAACAAAAUGAGGCAAAACUAGGAGUGGACUAUAGCCGACCUUGGCAUACCUGGAUUGAAUGCUUUGACUUUAUAGCUCCAGGACAUGAAGCCUACAAGUAGAAUACAGAGGGAAUAACACCUACCUCAAAAGGGGCUUUACAAGAAUUAAGCAAAAUAUUAUGGUGAAUGAUACCAAUCAUGAAUUAGAAUUAACCACUGCCAGAAUUUUUCUGUAAAUAACUGAGCCUUGCCCCAUCACACAUCUCAGUUUCAAUGACUAUAGUUUCAAUUUGGUCACUUGUCAAGGUUUCUAAAGUAUUCUAUGAAGUCAAAGAUCUACUGAACUUGUAGUCUUUGGGCUUGGGCCCUUUGCCUCACGGUGCAUUGCUUCUCCAUUGCAUGGAUGCUCAGUACAUUAAAGGGACUCAGGACUGGCCAUUCACAGUGCUGACUGUGAAAGUCCACGCUGAAUUGUCUGACCUUCUGACAGCGAUAUGACAAGACUCAAUACAUUUGGGCAAAAUAUGUUCUCAGUCCUUUGGUGCUGGCCACAGGUGGCCAUAAACAGUUGUUUAUUCUAUGCACUGUCAAACCUUUGCUCUUUGAAUAAAACUUCAAACAACU